CCGGUUCCCCCAUAUGGUGUGCCUCCAGCUCCAUUUCACCACCCUCACGCAGUUGCCUCCUUGGAUCACCUACCUCCACGACCAAGUCGCACUCCCGCGCCUAUUCCGUAUCACCAUGUCACACCUGGAAGCCCACCACCGGGAUGGUAUCCAAGUCCCAAGCCCUCGUCGGAUCUCACAAAAUGGACAUCGUGCACGAACUUGAGCCAAUCUGUCUCCAACCUUGUUGCGCAUACGACUGGGAAAGCGAAUGCCACCAUCUUAGAGCUGGAAGCACUCGUCUUACAAUGUGUGGGUGGCGGCACCAAUGUUCGAGAAAGUACAUCGAGGCUACUAGACCAAGUCGUGACGCUGAUUGAUAUUGGAUCUUUCUGUGGAAAGGAAAAUGAGCUUCUGGCUGCAUGCGCCCUCCCAUUCCAACCCGACGAACGAAAGAGAGAUCGCUGGUCAUAUGGGCCAGGAAGAAAAAGGCAUUCAAUAUCGGUCAAUUACUUCUCCAAGACAUACCUAUAUGCAAACUCGCGCAUGCCCCCGAGUCUGCCACAUCUUAGAUUCUACCCGGCUACAUACCCCUUGCUCAGACUCGCAGCUCGGUAUUCGCGACAGGUCUAUGAAAAGCCAAACGGGCCUGAGCGGCAUUCUUACGUCAACUCAGACUGGCUCCAAGGCACAAAGGCAAUGGUCAUCAAGUCCCUCCCAGUGGACGACAUGAAUACUAUCGUGUUCGCCAUUCGGGGAACCCAAAGUUUCCUCGACUGGGCUGUCAAUGUCCACACGGCCCCCAUUUCACCCUCCGGCUUUCUCGACGAUGCUUCAAACAAAUGCCAUGCCGGAUUUCUCUCUGUCGCCAGGAAGAUGGUCUCUUCCGUUGCGGCACGACUGCGCCAUCUGAUCGAAGAAGAUCCGAGCCGAAUGGCAUAUACGCUUCUCAUAACUGGCCACUCCGCAGGCGGUGCUGUUGCUAGUCUUCUAUAUCUCCAUCUUCUUUCGGAGUCUCCUGAGGUCAGAUCAGAGCUUACGUAUCUUCGUGGAUGCUUCAAACACAUCCACUGCGUCACCUUUGGUGCUCCUCCUGUUUCUCUCCGCGCGUUACAACGUCCACGGCAUACGAAAUCAUCCAAGUCGAUGUUUUUUUCCUUUAUCAACGAAGGCGAUCCAGUUACGCGUGCCGAUAAAGGAUAUUUCUUCUCGUUGCUGGACUUGUAUGCUUCUCCCGCCCCUGGAUCUGUCUGGUCAGUACUUGAUCCUCGGGGCAAGCGCACGUCAUCUGUUUACUGGCGAGUUCCUCAAUCUACCCUAUCUAAUGCGGGCCGAAUCGUCUUGCUUCGUUCCCGCCAUCAAAUCCACGGUCGUUUGGCCAUGGCACCGCCAACUAGUCCUAGAAUAUCAUCGCCGCUUUCCCCUCGCGAAGAAGUGGAGGCUUGUGGGACGACUGAUGCUGAUCUUCGUGGGUUGGUCUUUGGGGAUCCAUUUAUGCAUCUAAUGGAUCUCUACUCCCGGAGAAUCGAGACUCUUGCAAGGGGCGCUUCACGAAGCACAAUGCGUUAA